CUGCCCCCUUCCUUCAUGCCCCUUCUUGCCAAGCGCCCCUCGGCCAGGAUCCUCGGCGGCGGCGCCCCAUCGCGUGCGCGCUUCCCCCCGGGGGGUGUCCCCGCCCCGUGCCUGAAGAUGCACUUGCAAAGGACUCUGCUGCUCCUCUGCCUCCUGAGCUUGGCCACCGUCAGCCUGGCGCUCUCCUCCUGCACCACGCUAGACCUGGAGCACAUCAAGAAGAAGCGGGUGGAGGCCAUCCGGGGCCAGAUCCUCAGCAAGCUGCGCCUCACCAGCCCCCCGGAGACGGUGGGGCCGAGCCACGUGCCCUACCAAAUCCUCGCGCUCUACAACAGCACCCGGGAGCUGCUGGAGGAGAUGGAGGAAGAGAAGGAGGAGAGCUGCUCGCAGGACAACACCGAGUCCGAGUACUAUGCCAAGGAGAUCUACAAGUUUGAUAUGAUCCAGGGCCUUCCGGAGCACAACGAGUUGACCUACUGCCCCAAAGGUGUCACUUCCAAUGUCUUCCGCUUCAACGUGUCUUCAGCAGAAAAGAACAGCACCAACCUCUUCCGGGCUGAAUUUCGUGUCUUGCGAGUGCCAAACCCCAGUUCCAAACGCACAGAACAACGCAUUGAGCUCUUCCAGAUUCUGAAGCCUGAUGAACACAUCGCAAAGCAGCGUUACCUUAGCGGCCGGAAUGUGAUGACCCGGGGCUCCCCCGAGUGGCUGUCUUUUGAUGUCACAGAGACCGUGCGUGAAUGGCUUCUGUAUAGAGAAUCUAACCAGGGACUGGAGAUCAGCAUCCACUGCCCGUGUAAUACCUUCCAAGCGAAUGGUGACAUCUUGGAGAAUGUCAACGAAGUGCUGGAGAUCAAGUUCAAAGGCAUUGACAGCGAGGAUAGCCAUGGGCGUGGGGACUUAGGGAGUCUGAAGAAGCAGAAAGACCUUCAUAAUCCCCACUUGAUUUUGAUGAUGUUGCCCCCACAUAGGCUCGGAAGUCCAGCCAUAAGAAGCCAAAGGAAAAAACGAGCACUAGACACCAAUUACUGCUUUCGGAACCUGGAAGAGAACUGCUGUGUGCGCCGUCUCUACAUUGACUUCCGGCAAGACCUGGGCUGGAAAUGGGUUCAUGAGCCCAAGGGGUACUUUGCCAACUUUUGUUCUGGACCAUGCCCCUACCUCCGCAGUGCAGACACAACUCACAGCACGGUGCUUGGCCUGUAUAAUACGCUGAAUCCAGAAGCAUCUGCCUCCCCCUGCUGUGUGCCCCAGGACCUGGAGCCUCUCACCAUCUUGUACUACAUUGGAAGGACACCCAAAGUGGAGCAGCUGUCCAAUAUGGUGGUGAAAUCCUGCAAGUGUAGCUGAAAGGGAAUCAGCACCAUCAGUAGCUGAGGAACUGCGAUGAUUCACCCUCUGCUCACUGAGCAAAACAAAACAAUGCAGAACUUGUGUCAGGAGGGCACUGCGGUCUGGUCCUCCCAGUCUGCAAUCUAGGACAAUGACCAAUUUUUAUGGCAGUUUAAAAAAAAUCAACACCUCUCUGCCUUACUGGCUUUGUCACCUUUUCUCUGGGAGUUUCUUUGACAACAUGGAUGCUUAAGGAAGUGAACACAUGUACAAGCUAGAUGUAUCAACCAAAUGAGGAGACAUACAUUCAAGGAGGCAAGCAUGGAUGGGGCUAUGGACAGAGAAGAGAGGAAAGGAGCCUUUUUGUCCUACCACUAGCUUUCCUGGAGGCCAGCUUUUUUUCUAGAGUGAGGAUUUCCUUUUGAAGGAACAGUCUCAUAUUUUCUCAGAAACCAGACUGAUGUCCAUCUUAAAAGGAGUCACUGGUUGCUUUAGAACUGGGAUCCAGCUUUAGAAGCUUUAUACCAUUCUGCAGAGUGUGGGUUCAGCAGCCUGCUGCUCAAAACGAACAGCUUCAUUCCCACACAGAAAUUGUAGAAAUGCAGUUUAUUCCUCCUCAUGAAGCUCCUGCUUCUGGAGUUGGUGAGCAGCCUUGCUCCUAUACACAACUCAUUAUUUCGACAAUAAUCUUCAAAGAAUCCUGUAUUUGCUGUGGUGGUUGAAGUAUUAUAAGGAAAUCUGCACAUCUCUUGCACAAGAACCUGGCCCAGGCUACACCUGCCAAGGUUUUAUUAAAAGUAUUAAUCGCAAAUAUUGUAAAAAAAAUAAAUAUUUUUUGGAAAUUGGAA